UCUCAACAAUCCGAUACCGCGUCUGCAUGUUCAGACAAUAAUCCACAUUGGAUCCAUGAUGCUUUUGGCACUUCUAUUGGACAAUAUUGCCAUUGCUCUGAUUGCCUUCAUCUUUGUGUUUACUAUCCCCUCAUUACGGUCUCUAGCGAAAGGCUGGCGCAUUAAUAAGAAUCCUAAUCACCAUCAAGAACUUUACUCCGAUGAAGACGGAGUCGCAAGCACAGAAUCGACAAAUGAAUUCUCCAAUAAACUCCAGUUCAUCUUCAUUUUCGUGCUUGCCGUGAUUGGAUUUGGACUAUCCAUUGCAGACACUAUCUACACCGCCAUUAACCAAAAAACCAGGACCGCAGGCAGCAAUCAUCAUCACCUCGGAAUUUUCCUGCUUGUCCCCGCCUGGGCACUUCUGCUAUUACAACUCAUCGAUGCCUCCCUAAAGCGAGCUCCAGUCGCGCGAUUCAAAUCCGCAAUCUCCAAAUUGGCAUCAUGUUUCCUUCUUGUUGGAAUAGCUUGGAUAUCUCUUCUGGACGAUGCGAGUGUCGUUGCUACUAUCAUCACAAGCCUUCAGAUGGCUUCAAUUCUGAGCCUGGUAGCGACAAUAGCGUCCAUCAAACGUCGUCCAGUUGUCUUCCGCCCAGAUGGGAAAGUCGUUGACCAACAAAGGAAUGUAGCUCUUUGGUUCAAAUACAGCUUCCAGUGGUGCGUUGACACGCUUGCCGCGGCCAACAGAGACAAAUUCGGAAACUCGGAUUUACCAGCUAUGGACCACGCUACGAGGUCUGAAAAUGCCACAGAGAGAUUCAAGAACAUUGCCAUCAAAGACACUAUGCCGCUUUGGAUACAAAUAUUUUGGGUUCUUAGACGGCAAUUUAUAUUACAAUGGCUGUCUAUACUCUUUUCCAACUUUUUCGAUGUGGCUCCUGCAUUCGCGACUCUACAGCUACUUCAAUAUCUCGAAACGAGAACAGAUCCGAAUGCCAUGGAGCCUGGGGCAUGGAAAUAUGUUGUGGGGAUCUCUGUUGCUGCUAUCAGUUCGCAUAUAGUCGAUUCGAGGAUUAUGUGGUGGGGAAGAUCUGACAUCGUUAUUCCCCUUCGAUCAAUUCUUACCGGGCUCAUGUAUUCAAAAGUGCUGAAGAUCAAUGACUCAAGCGAGCCUCCUGAAGAAGAAUCAUCGAAGGUAGAAGAUACCAAGACCGAAGAGGGACAAGAGCCAGACAAAAAACAUCGAGUGACAUCUCAAUCAGGGAUUGUCAACAUGUUUGCAGUCGACUGCAAUGCAAUCGCCACCUUCGGUGAACAGAAUACUGAGUAUGUCAACUCUGCUGGCAAGCUGAUUGUCACCGUUGUGUUCUUGCUGCUUCUUAUCGGCUGGCAAAGUUUAUGUGCAGGAAUGCUAGGCAUCGCAAUGCUCUUUCCUUUCAACAAAGUUCUUGCAGAGCGAUAUGGCAAGAAGCAAAAGAUCUUGAUGGAAAUUCGAGAUAAGAGGACUACCAUCACUACGGAGGUACUCCAUGGGAUUCGGCAGAUUAAGUUCUCCGCAGCUGAAAGUCAGUGGGCUGAAAAGCUCGGAUCAGUACGCGAAGAGGAAUUGUCCACACUUUGGCAAACUCGCAUCGACAACCUUUACAUGUCCAUUGCUUCAGAGUUCACUCCUGUUGUGCUUACUGCCCUGUCCUUGGCAACGUAUUCCUGGGUCCAUGGAAACCUGCUACCAUCAGUUGCGUUUACAGCUAUCAGCUUGUUCCUCCAGCUUGAUGGCCUCGUAUCCCAUAUCCCAUUCUUAUUAGUCACCGCAAUCAACGCCAAAGUCAGCUGCGAUAGAAUUCAGAACUUUCUUCGUUUGCCAGAAAAGCCAGAAAAUACCUCACCAGGAGAAUCCAUAUCUUUCUACAAUGCAUCGAUCAGCUUUCCCCACGACGGUACAGAUCCAAUGGCUGAUCCGUUCGCCCUGAGGGAACUAAACUUGCAAUUCCCCAAUAAUGCUCUGAGCGUUAUCUCGGGGCCUACAGGAUCUGGCAAGUCUCUGCUGCUUGCAGCGAUUCUAGGAGAGAUCAAGUUGUUGUCUGGUUCUAUACAAGUCCCAAAGUCUUCCGGUGAGCACUACGAUUCUAAAGCCACUCCAGUCGAUUGGAUCAUUCCGACUGCUAUCUCCUUCGUCUCCCAAACGCCAUGGAUCGAGAACGCUACAAUCAAAGACAACAUCCUCUUCGGUCUCCCAUUCGAUCCUGUUCGAUAUGAAAAAGUAGUGGAAGCCUGUGCUUUGACACAGGACCUUGCUAUGUUCGAGGAUGGUGACGAAACCGAAGUUGGGGCGCAAGGAAUCAGUCUUAGUGGAGGCCAAAAGUGGCGACUGACAUUAGCCAGAGCAUUUUACUCGAGGGCAGGUAUCAUGAUUCUAGACGACGUCUUCAGUGCUCUUGAUUCCCACGUUGGCAAGUAUAUUUACGAGCAUGCAAUUUUGGGCGAACUAGCCGAAGGAAGAACCAUAGUUUUAGCUACUCACCACACCUCACUAUGUUUGCCACGUGCAAAGUACGCCGUCCGCCUCUCAGGUAGUGGGGUUCUUGAGCAUGCUGGCUUAACAGAAGACCUUCGGAAGGAGGGGAUUCUGGACGGAAUGCUUCAGGCUGAUGACACUACGGAACCAAAAUACGGGGAGGAAGAUGAGGUGCUUCGCGCAGAAGAGAGCAAUGGUGCGACCGCAAUCCCGUCCGCGGAUGCUGCAGUCGCAGUGAAGGCAACGCCUAAGAAACUGAUUGAGGAAGAGCAAAGAGAGACUGGCCGAGUCAAAACCUCGGUCUACGCUGGAUAUCUUCACGCUUCCGGAGGAUGGGCUUUCUGGUCAUUGGUUGUCGGUCUGUAUGCCGUAGCCGAAGGCUUCACCUUAGGUCGCACUUAUUGGAUCAGGAUAUGGGCAAGUGAUUACGGAAAGGGGCAGAGCGAAGCAGCAUUUUCUUUUGCCGCCUCUCACUUUCGACAUACCAUCCAGCCACGGUUUUCUGGCCAGAUUCCAAUCAGUCCCACAGACUUUGGGAGCACCAUCAAUUCCACUAUGGUCUCCGCAAGCUUUCCGAUUGAAACUCAAAACCGCAACCUAUGGUUCUACCUCGGAGUAUACUGUUUGAUAUCCACAAUAUCGGUUGUGUUCUCUAUCAGUCGCCUCUAUCUCGUUUACUCUGGCUCUAUUCGAGCAUCUCGCCUCAUCUUCAAGAGUGUCCUGUACAGUGUUCUUCGAGCACCUCUUCGAUGGCUUGAUACGGUACCUACCGGAAGGAUCUUGAAUCGGUUCACCGCAGACUUUACUAGUAUCGAUUCAUCCCUUGCUCAAACCUUCUACUAUUUCGCCGCAAUAUCCACCGACAUCACUGGGAUUUUAGUAGCUGCUACUUUUGUUUCUCCAUUCAUGAUUAUUUGUGCAGCAGCUCUAUUAGCAGCUUGCACGUUAUUCACCAGGAGCUACCUCACCGCAGCACGCAACGUAAAAAGAUUAGAUUCAGUAAACAAAUCACCUGUGAUAUCGCAUUUUGCAGCGUCUUUGAGUGGUUUAUCGACAAUCAGGGCAUUUGCCAAAUCUUCUGAUUUCAAGAAUCGGAUGUUUGCGUUGAUUGAUACAUACGCAGCUUCUUCUUGGUACAAUAAUCUCUUUCGAAGCUGGCUUAUGGUACGCAUCGGUAUCACAGCCUCUUUUUUCGCUACCGCUGUUUCUAUCUUCGUCAUCACCAAGAAGGGCAUUGAUGCCAGUCUAGCUGGAUUUGCUUUAUCAUUUGCCCUGAGUUUUGGCCAUUCGGUCAGCUGGGCUAUCAGAAUUUCUACUCAGCUAGAACUCGACAUGAAUGCGGCAGAACGCGUGUUCGAGUACCGAGACAUAACGAUUGAGGAUCAAGACGGCGACAAUAUACCUGCUAGCUGGCCUGAGGAGGGUAGGGUAGAAGUCAAAGAUUUAGAACUUGGGUACGCUGAAGGACUACCAUCGAUUUUGAAGGGAUUGAGUUUCACCGCAGAGAAGAACCAGAGGAUCGGUGUCAUUGGAAGGACGGGAGCAGGCAAAUCAACUCUAUCUUUAGCUUUAUUCCGCUUCCUCCAAGCCCGCAAGGGUAGUAUCGUAAUCGACGGCAUUGAUAUCUCCAGGAUCAGACUUCACGACUUACGCACCCGACUAGCAAUUAUCCCCCAAGAUCCUGUCCUAUUCUCAGGAACCAUUCGAUCAAACCUGGAUCCUUUCAACGAGUUCAGCGAUUACCAACUCAGAGAAGCCUUGAUGCGCGUCCACUUGAUUCCAUCAUAUACUCAUACCCCUGUUCCCGAAGCAACUCUACCAGACUCAUCAACUGCAAGUUCCACGACCGCGUUCCUCCAACCAGCCGAAAACAGAAACAUAUUCCUUUCUCUGACAGCGCCUAUUGCAUCCGGAGGAACCAAUCUUUCACAAGGUCAGAAGCAGCUACUGUGCCUCGCACGAGCAAUUCUCUCCCGUCCAAAAGUUCUUCUACUCGAUGAGGCAACAUCAGCUGUUGAUAUGUCGACUGAUCUGUUGAUUCAACGCUCCAUACGCGAUGAGUUUUCUAAUACCACUUUGUUGGUAAUCGCGCAUAGGCUAAGUACCAUAGCCGACUUUGACAGGAUUUUGGUUCUGAAGGAUGGUGUGAAUGCUGAAUUUGGCAGCCCGAAAGAGCUGCUAGAGAAGGAAGAUGGUCUCUUUAAGGGAAUGGUGGCACAGAGUGGGGAAAAGGAUGAGUUGGAGAAGAUAAUUAUGGAAGAUAGGAAGUAGGAACUUCGAAAAAAUUGCAUGCAUUUCCCGAAUUGAAAGAAUAGACUAAAAAUGAUUAGAUUCAUCGCCCG